ACCGCGCGCAGUUGGCGGGGAGAGAGGAGCGCGCCGGGGCGCGCGCAGGAGAGCGAGAGCGCAGCCCGGUGGGGGCGCGGGGCCCCGGGGAGCCGCAUCGGGACGCGGGCAGCGGCGCGCGCGCGGGGAGCCUGUUUUAUAACCGGGAUCCUCGGUGACGUACGGCUGCCGGCUCCUUGGCAGCUGUCUCUCUGGACCAGUAGGCAGAGGGAGAUCGACGCCGCCGAGACUUUCGCAUCUUGGAAGGGACUGUAAUCUUCUGUAGUGAAGAACAGCAGCUCUCAGUCACGCGGGCGUAAAUAAGAGCCGGAGGGGAGUCCAAAAGAAAAGGCAGAGGAGGGGGAGAAGUGUGUGCUGGGGGAGCGGGCAAAGGCAUUUUUGGUGCAUGGUAUGAAGCCAGCCAUGGAAACUGCCGCCGAGGAAAAUACUGAACAAAGCCAAGAGAGAAAAGUGAACAGCAGAGCUGAAAUGGAAAUUGGCAGGUACCACUGGAUGUACCCAGGCUCAAAGAACCACCAGUACCGUCCUGUGCCAACCCUGGGGGACAGGGCUGGCCCCUUGAGCAGUCCAGGCUGCUUCGAGUGCUGCAUCAAGUGUCUGGGGGGAGUCCCCUACGCGUCCCUGGUGGCCACCAUCCUCUGCUUCUCCGGCGUCGCCCUGUUCUGCGGCUGCGGCCACGUGGCUCUGGCGGGCACCGUGGCCAUCCUCGAGCAGCACUUCUCCACCAACGCCAGUGACCACGCCCUGCUGAGCGAGGUAAUCCAGCUGAUGCAGUACGUCAUCUACGGAAUCGCGUCCUUCUUCUUCCUGUACGGGAUCAUCCUGCUGGCGGAGGGCUUCUACACCACGAGCGCCGUGAAGGAGCUGCAUGGGGAGUUCAAGACCACCGCCUGCGGCCGCUGCAUCAGUGGCAUGUUCGUCUUCCUCACCUAUGUGCUGGGAGUGGCCUGGCUGGGCGUGUUUGGUUUCUCUGCGGUGCCCGUGUUUAUGUUCUACAACAUAUGGUCAACCUGUGAAGUCAUCAAGUCUCCCCAGACCAACGGGACAGCCGCGGUGGAGCAGAUCUGCGUGGACAUCCGGCAAUACGGUAUCAUUCCUUGGAACGCCUUCCCGGGAAGAAUGUGCGGCUUCGCCCUCGAGAGCAUCUGCAACACCAACGAGUUCUACAUGUCCUAUCACCUGUUCAUCGUGGCCUGCGCGGGAGCUGGUGCCACCGUCAUUGCCCUGAUCCACUUCCUCAUGAUACUGUCUUCUAACUGGGCUUACUUAAAGGAUGCAAGCAAAAUGCAGGCUUACCAGGAUAUCAAAGCAAAGGAAGAGCAGGAACUUCAAGAUAUCCAGUCUCGGUCAAAAGAACAACUCAAUUCUUACACAUAAAUGUUUGCCAGAGGGUCUCAGCCGACGAAUUCACAGCUCUGACAAAUCAUCAGACAGCUGGUCUGCAGUACAGAUGUGUACCCCACCAAACAAACUCAUGUGCAAGUCCAAACACGUCACUGUCUAGCUCAAGCUGCUGGGAUGUAUUUCUAGGAAAAUCUUCCAGUAGGUAAAUCUUUUGCUUUGGAACAGAUAGCGGAGGUCUUCCGUUGGCCAUUUUAAAAGGCAACACUUUGCCAAAACGAUGGUUUAUCCUUCUGAAAUUUGUGGCAUGUUCACAUUCUUUACUAGAGCAAUCUGACUAAGAUGGACAAGGGGAGUGAGGCAUACUCCUUGAUCGGGGCUGUGAUGCGCCCAUAAAUUCAGGUAUGCCAUCACUCCUCAAAUAAAUAUACCUAAACAGGGAAUAAAAUGGAAUUGAUGUGAAGUUCCACUUCUGACCGCUGACAUUUAUUAAACUGUCACCAAGAUAAUGCAAUUCUUACAAUUGACCUUUUUAAAAAAAAAAAAAUUAGCUGAUUUUCUCCCAAGUGCAGGACAUAUAAUUUCCUGGUCCAAUCAAAACUAUUCUUCCCAAGAAUUCUAUAACGAGUCUACUCUAAUAAUUCUGCCACACCUACCGUGGACGAAGCUGGAUGCCGACUGACAAGUCUUUCCAGAAUCAAUUUCGUAAACUUGAUUUCAUUUGAGUACAGUGACCAGUUGGCAUCAUUCUUCUUGAGAAAUGUCAGCUCUGCCUUAAUGACUAUUUGCUUUAACUUUCUAAGAACUUACGUUAUAAAUAAGAGACCCCAAAUCCUUCAUAGAAUUUUGUUCCACAAAUGUUUUUCUUAAUUAAAAAGUGUUACCUUAUUAAAAUGACCGCCACUCUAAACCAUUUUUACGUGGUCUGAAUACUGAGUUUACACUUUUGUACCAACUAUCGAAAACCUAAUUACAAACAGGCCACAGACCUUCUACUUUUAUAGACUUGAAUACCUAAGUAAUUUACAUGAGGGUUGGUAUUUACUUCAGUUUUUCUUAUCUAAAUCUUACUUUCCGGAAAUGAUAAAGUUCAGUGUUCAGCAAAAAAACAAAACAAAACAAAAAACAAACAAACAAACCUGCUUGAGUUUAAGCCAUCUUCAAAGAAGACUUGCCUUCUCAAUUCAUUGUGUUGCAGAACAUGAAGUGACUGUAGGCGUCGGGUGUUAGUGGUGGUAAACUUUGUGUUGUUCUUUAUGAAAUGAUCCAUAUAACCGUUGGGUGCAUCAGUGCUUUUUAUAAGGGGCUGCAUACUAUAGGGGUAACUAUGUAUAUUCAUGUUAAGAAUUAACUUGUGGUUUGGCUGUUUCCUGGAUUUUAAAACAUAUACAUGUGCAGAAGUGUGUUACAAUGAAAGGAAGCAUACCUUUAUCAGAUGCUAUUGAAAUUGAACAUCAAGUAUAAUAUUCAACUUGGAUUCUUUUCGUUGUUGUUAAUGCCUAAAAAUGCCUAUUUGGAUCUUGACAACUUUUGUGUUUUAAUUGGGAGCAGCUCUCUCCUGUGUAGAACAGUUGUUCCAGACUAGCUUGGUGUUUUGUUUCCCUGUUGCAUGACAGACUUAAAUCUUUUUUCCAGCAGUGGAGGUGCUGUUAAGAGUCCAGUGUUCUAGAAGAGACAGUGUCUAAAGCCUAACUUUACUUUUCUAAUUCUGGUAGCUCUUACCAGGACUUUUUGAAAGUUUUGUUUAAGUAGUCUAAUAUUUUUUAUGUAAAGAGCAUUAAAUUUUGCUAUGUACAAAUUUUUGUAACCUAACAGUGAAUCAAUAUUUUCUAUCAGUGCCAAGGGCUUCCUGUAGUUCUAUUCAAGUGUUACAAUAAAUAUUUGUAGAUAAUA